AUUUUACGUGCUGAGUGGUUGUAUUUGUGUCAGUUUUUGAUAAAGAAAAAAAAAGAAUAACAAAGUGGGUGGCUGCGGCCCGCCGGUUAGGUUACGCUCGCAGUACAGCGGCUCUCGGAGAAAAAGGGGGAGACCAAAGGGGAAAAAAGAUAAGCAGCCAGAGAGACGGGGAUAUAUGGGUGUUUUUUCCAAGAAGUAACAUACGGAUACUCCCGUUUAUAUCUUUUAAGACGUUUGAGUAUGGACCUCUGACAAUGAGACAACAGUUUGAAAACUUAAGUUGAUUUAACCAUGGCUCAGUUUCCUAAACCAUUUGGUGGCACUCAGCAAAGUGAAUGUGGUGGACUUGAAGUCUGGGCAAUAACCUUGGAGGAACGAGCAAAACAUGACCAACAGUUUCACAGCUUGAAACCUACUUCAGGUUUUAUCACUGGUGAUCAAGCUAGGAAUUUCUUUUUACAAUCUGGAUUACCUCCACCAGUUCUUGCACAGAUAUGGGCCUUGGCUGACAUGAAUAAUGAUGGGAAAAUGGAUCAACAUGAGUUUUCUAUAGCUAUGAAACUAAUUAAAUUGAAGUUACAGGGGCAUCCACUCCCGCCAUCAUUACCCCCUGUGAUGAAGCAACCCCCGAUACCUAUAGCUGCAGGAUUUGGUAUGGGUGCCAUUACUGCUAUGCCAGGAAUGACUUCAGUAGCCCCGGUGCCAAUGGCUCCUUUACCAGUAGUUGGAAUGUCCCCACCUCUUGUGACCUCUGUUGCCCCAGCAGUGCAACCAAUGGCUAAUGGAACCCCUGCAAUGAUCCAGCCUCUUCCUGGCUUUACUCAUUCAUCAGCAACACUCACCAAGAAUUCCUCCUUCAGCCGGUCAGGUUCAAAACUACAAAAGGCACAAUCAUUUGAGGUUGCAAUAGCACAGCCAACUGUAACAACAGCUACAGACUGGGCUGUUCCACAGUCAUCACGGCUCAAAUACAGGCAGCUCUUUAACAGCCAUGACAAAAUGAUGAGUGGACAUUUAACAGGCCCACAGGCGAGAACUAUUCUUAUGCAAUCAAGUUUACCCCAAGCACAGCUUGCCUCUAUUUGGAACCUUUCUGACAUUGACCAGGAUGGGAAACUGACAGCAGAAGAGUUCAUACUUGCCAUGCAUUUAAUAGAUAUGGCCAUGUCAGGCCAACCUCUACCACCUGUUCUCCCACCAGAUUUCAUUCCCCCUGCAUUUAGAAGAGUUCGUUCCAGUAGUGGGAUUUCCACUGCCAGCUUACAUUUAAUUGACCAAAGGGUACCUGAAGAACCUGUUGAGGAGGAGCCACAGCAACCUGAGAAGAAGUUACCAGUAACUUUUGAGGACAAAAAACGAGAAAACUUUGAACGGGGCAAUGUAGAAUUGGAAAAAAGACGGCAAGCUUUGCUAGAACAGCAGCGAAAGGAGCAGGAGCGACUAGCGGCCUUGGAACGUCAAGAACAAGAACGGCGUGAACGAGAACGACUGGAGCAGGAGCGUCGGCGACAAUUGGAGUUGGAAAAGCAGUUAGAAAAGCAGAGAGAGUUGGAGAGGCAGCGGGAAGAGGAGAGAAGGAAAGAGAUUGAACGGAGGGAGGCAGCAAAACGAGAACUUGAAAGACAGCGACAACUUGAGUGGGAGAGAAAUCGAAGGCAAGAGCUACUUAACCAGAGAAAUAGGGAACAAGAAAAUAUUGUGGUUUUAAAAGCCAGGAAGAAAACCUUGGAAUUUGAGUUGGAAGCACUGAAUGAUAAAAAACAUCAACUAGAGGGGAAGCUACAGGAUAUUAGAUUUCGCUUGUCUGGCCAAAGGCAAGAAAUUGAAAGCACUAACAAGACAAGAGAACAAAGAAUUGCAGAGAUCACACAUCUUCAACAACAGCUACAGGAGUCUCAGCAAAUGCUUGGUCGAUUGAUCCCAGAAAAGCAGCUCCUGAAUGACCAGCUGAAGCAGGUGCAACAGAACAGUUUACACAGAGAUUCUCUUCUGACCAUCCGGAAAGCCUUAGAAGUAAAAGAGUCAACACGGCAACAUUUGCGGGAUCAGCUGGAUGAGGUUGAGAAGGAAACCAGGACCAAACUUUUGGAGAUUGAUAGUUUCAACAAUCAAUUAAAGGAAUUAAGAGAAAUACAUAGCAAACAGCAAAGGCAGAAGGAUGAUGCAGACAUCCAAAAACCAAAAGAGCAAGACUGGAAGACACCUGAUAUAGAAAGACAAAAAGACGAAGCGCAAAGGUUUUCCCAAGAAAAUGAUCAGCGUAGGAGUUGGCAGGAAGAAGUACAACGUGAAGAUCCUGCUGGGGAAGCUGUGCAGUGGAUACGGAGGGUACAAGAAGAGGAUAAGCCAAAGCAUGAAGACCUACGAUCUCAUCAGGAUAUGCAAGAUAAACUUAGUAAAAUCUUUAUGCAGCAAACUGAAACCAGCAGACUUCCCACCCAAACUACUUGGCCUACAUCAGAAAAACUGCCAGUGAGUGGAUUUGAUCAAGAUAAAGUAAAAGUUGUGUUCUAUAGAUCUCUUUACCCAUUUGAUGCAAGAAGCCACGAUGAAAUUUCAAUACAACCAGGAGAUAUUAUUAUGGUGGAUGAAAGUCAGACAGGAGAGCCAGGAUGGCUAGGUGGGGAAUUGAAAGGUAAAACAGGAUGGUUUCCAGCCAACUACGCAGAGAAAAUUCCCGAGAGCGACAUUCCUUCGUCUCUCAUACCUGGUGAGGGAGCUGCACCAAAGCUUGCUGCUCGUAUUACGCCCACCAACACUGUAGCACAACAAUCUACAGUAGAGCCUGCUCCUCCUCCUCCUCCUCCUUCUCCUUCCACUACUACAACAACAACAACAACAACAUCAUCUAGUACUAGUAACUGGGCAGAUUUCAGUUCUACGUGGCCUACAAAUAACACUGAAAAGGCAGACGGAGACAACUGGGAUGCCUGGCCAACUCAGCCAUCUCUAACGGUGCCUAGUGCUGGCCAACUUCGGCAGAGAUCUGCCUUCACACCAGCAACAGUUACGGGAUCCUCACCUUCACCUGUAUUAGGCCAAGGCGAGAAAGUAGAGGGCCUCCAAGCCCAGGCCUUGUAUCCAUGGCGAGCAAAGAAAGACAACCACUUGAACUUCAACAAAAAUGAUACAAUCACUGUUCUAGAGCAGCAGGAUAUGUGGUGGUUUGGUGAAGUGCAGGGGCAAAAAGGCUGGUUUCCCAAGUCCUACGUGAAGCUAAUUUCUGGACCAAUACGAAAAUCAAUCAGUAUUGAUUCUGGCUCAUCAGAAAGUCCACCAAGUAUGAAAAGGCCAACACCAUCCCCAGGCAAACCUGCUGAUCCAGGUGAAGAGUAUAUUGCAAUGUAUACAUAUGAAAGCAAUGAGCAAGGGGAUCUAACAUUUCAGCAAGGAGAUGUCAUUCUUGUCACAAAGAAAGAAGGUGAUUGGUGGACAGGAGUGGUUGGAGAUAAAACUGGAGUCUUCCCAUCCAACUAUGUUAAACCUAAAGAAUCUGAGGGCGUAGGAUCAGCUGGAAAGACUGGAAGCCUAGGAAAGAAGCCAGAAAUAGCUCAAGUUAUUGCACCCUACACAGCUACAGGUGCUGAGCAACUUACACUUGCUCCAGGGCAACUGAUACUUAUUAGAAAAAAGAAUCCUGGUGGUUGGUGGGAAGGAGAAUUACAGGCAAGAGGAAAGAAAAGGCAAAUAGGCUGGUUCCCUGCUAAUUAUGUUAAGUUAUUGAGCCCUGGCACAAGUAAAAGUACACCAACUGAGCCAUCUAAACCUACAGCACCAAAUGCAGUAUGCCAGGUAAUUGGGAUGUACGACUAUAUCGCACAGAAUGAUGAUGAGCUUGCUUUUGGUAAAGGACAAAUCAUAAACGUCUUGAGUAAAGAAGACCCAGACUGGUGGAAAGGAGAGCUGAAUGGUUCUGUGGGUCUGUUCCCAUCAAACUAUGUCAAACUGACAACUGACACAGACCCAAGCCAACAAUGGUGCGCUGAUUUGCAUUUACUGGAUAUGCUGACACCCACAGAGAGGAAAAGACAAGGUUACAUCCAUGAGUUAAUUGUGACUGAAGAGAAUUAUGUGAACGACCUCCAGCUUGUAACUGAGAUUUUUCAGAAGCCACUUCUGGAGUCAGAGCUUUUAACGGAGAAGGAGGUGGCCAUGAUUUUUGUGAACUGGAAAGAGCUCAUAAUGUGCAAUAUAAAGCUACUGAAAGCUUUGCGAGUCCGAAAGAAGAUGUCUGGGGAAAAGAUGCCAGUGAAGAUGAUCGGUGACAUCUUGACUGCUCAGCUGCCUCACAUGCAGCCAUAUAUUCGCUUCUGUAGUUGCCAAUUAAACGGUGCCACCUUAAUUCAGCAGAAGACAGACGAGGUUCAUGAAUUCAAGGACUUCGUCAAAAGGCUGGCAAUGGACCCACGGUGCAAGGGAAUGCCACUUUCAAGUUUUUUAUUAAAACCAAUGCAAAGAGUUACGAGAUAUCCACUCAUCAUUAAAAAUAUCCUGGAAAACACCCCUGAGAACCACCCUGACCACAGUCACCUGAAACAGGCCCUGGAGAAGGCCGAGGAGCUGUGCUCACAGGUCAAUGAAGGAGUACGCGAAAAAGAAAACUCGGACCGGCUGGAGUGGAUCCAAGCACAUGUUCAAUGUGAAGGCCUGUCAGAGCAAUUGGUAUUCAAUUCAGUGACCAACUGCCUGGGACCUCGUAAGUUUCUUCACAGUGGCAAACUCUACAAAGCGAAAAGUAAUAAGGAGUUGUAUGGUUUCCUCUUCAACGACUUUCUGCUGCUCACACAAAUCAUCAAACCUCUUGGGUCAUCUGGCACAGACAAGGUCUUCAGUCCCAAAUCCAACCUUCAGUACAAGAUGUACAAAACCCCCAUUUUCUUAAACGAGGUGCUAGUGAAGCUGCCGACUGAUCCGUCAGGAGAUGAGCCCAUUUUUCACAUUUCUCAUAUUGACCGCGUCUACACGCUCCGAGCUGAAAGCAUUAAUGAAAGGACGGCCUGGGUUCAAAAAAUUAAAGCUGCUUCAGAACUGUACAUUGAAACAGAGAAAAAGAAAAGGGAAAAGGCCUACUUAGUGCGCUCCCAAAGAGCCACCGGAAUUGGCCGACUGAUGGUGAACAUCGUGGAGGGUAUUGAGUUGAAGCCCUGCAGAUCACAUGGAAAGAGCAACCCGUACUGCGAGGUGACGAUGGGCUCCCAGUGUCACAUCACCAAGACUCUGCAGGACACUCUCAAUCCCAAGUGGAAUUCCAACUGCCAGUUCUUCAUCAAGGAUUUAGAGCAGGAUGUGCUGUGCAUUACGGUGUUUGAGCGUGACCAGUUCUCCCCGGAUGACUUCCUGGGGAGAACGGAGAUCCGUGUGGCCGACAUAAAAAAAGACCAGGGUUCGAAGGGCCCAAUUACCAAGCGUCUCCUCCUGCAUGAAGUCCCUACGGGUGAGAUAGUGGUGCGCCUGGACUUGCAGUUGUUUGAAGAACCGUAGCCAUUGUGGGAGCCACAAUUCAUCCCCCUCUCCACCCUUAGGAAUUUUCCAUCUUGCAAUUCCACGGUCACAAGAGGAAUGAAGCGAGUUCUGGAGAGUCUGCAAAAGCUGUUUGUGCUUUCCACUGGGAUCUUGGUGUCUGGUGGAAGGCUUUCUGUUAUGUCUGUUCAGAUAAGAAAGCUUUAGGGCAUUCGCUGGGACCUGGCUGCCAAGUUACUUGAGGUCAACAAUUCCAGCGCCUGAUACGCUAGCUUUGGUACACGUCUGUGCCACUCGGACACACUAGCUGAUCAGUUUGACAUGUACAUUCCUUUAUUUUGAAUACACUGGAUUUUUUUUUUUUUUUUUGGAGUCAUAACUACUUUUUUCCCAGCAGUGAAACAAGGCACAUUUAAAUGCUAACACCAAGGAGGAGAACGGUGUCUACACACUCAUGCGCUUUUGUCGUUUCUCUGGGUUGGAUUGCAGAUUUUAACUGAUUACUUGAAAGACUGAAAAUUAAGUACAGAUUGUGUGCCCUUUGCUUCACUUUCUUUAGAAAUGUGAUGGGCUCAGAUGUUAUUUGUCAUGAAUUCACCAUUUUUCUCGAGGCAUGCAAGCCAGAUUUGUUAGUGUCUAGACAAACACUUCAUAAGUCACACGUCUGUCUUGAAAACACAGCACUGCCCAUAAUUUGGUGCAUUUCUAUUUAUUUCAAUAUUUAUUUAUAGAAGGGUAAGGUUAUGCCAAAUCAACCCAAAUGUCUGCCAAGAGACAAAAGGAAUAAAAUGGGCAGAUAUACUCGCGGGUGCACUGAAGGUAAAGUGCUGCCAAGUCCAAGGGUCCUGCCCAAAGGUGGUGGGCUGUAUCACUUUUAGUGUCUGUGAUAUUUGGCACAUGAGAAUUUUUCUGGAGAUAUUCAGAUAAACGGUUUAAAGGUUAUCUUUUUUUUAAGGUUUAGAUAAACUGUAAGGAAGUGGCAUGUGUUUUGCGUUUUUUCCUGUUAAUUUGUUUCAAUGCCCAGUAAUACUUGUUUCACCUGCUGAGCUCUGGUACGAGAUCAUGAAGUGGCAGUGAUGUGGUCACAAAGAGUAGCUGCACUGGGACUGUGCCACAACACAAGCUAGACAACGUAUCAUUGGCUGAGCUCCCCCCAUAUAAUCAUUACGACUCGGACGCAGUCUUAAGAUGACCGAUCGCAUAUUGGAACGUGUAAAAGGGUACUUGCAGGGUGUAGCCCUCGCUCAGCUGCUGGUUUUAUUUUUCAUUUUUUAUAUAGUCCUACUUCUUAUGUGUGUUGAAGUAUCUAUCACAUAUCAAUUCAUAUUUAUACAGCAGGUGCUUUAUAUAAAAGGUGACUUACAUAGAGCAGGUUCUUUAAGAGACAACCAUACGGGCACCAGAAAGAAAAGUCCCUCCACUUGUAUGUGAAAUGCACUGCCACCAGAGGUAGACGUCGUCCAGCUUUAGCCCAGAACAAUCCUCAACUGUUCUUAAUCUAUCGAAACAACUGGACUCAUCCUGAAUCGGUACGAGGAUUCCUUUCUUGUUUACUUAAUUUAUUUUACUUUGGAUCUACUUUAUGUUUUUGCACUUGUUUGUCUCGAAAGUGUGACAGAGUGGCUAGCAGUGCCACUGCUAGUUCAGUCCCAACUGUGGCACCCUGAUCAAGUCUGUAAGGUGCCACUGCUCCAGUAUUGUACCCCAAAUAAUGGACCCACAACUUGUAAGUUGAUUUGGGUAAAGGUCUCUGCCAAGUAAGCCACAAAAAUAACUGAAGAGGUGGCUUACUGUACCAGGGAGAAUGUAGAAUUUCAGACAAAAAAAAUAAAAACAAAAACCCAACCUAAAACCAUUUGACUUGGAAUUACUGUGGCUGCAACAAAACCAAUCCAUUCACACCUUCUACCAGUUAAUGCAGUUAGGAGCCAAAUAAACCUGAGCCUUCAUAUGGUCAGAAUAUUCUGGGUGUAUAAAAUAAAACACUAAAAUCAAACAAGUCAUUUUCAGUAAGUUUGUCUCCGAUUGUAUUCCCAGAUCAUUGUAAAAAACCAAACCCAAUCCAGGCCAAGGAGUGGGCAGCAAGACGGGCCCACAAGUUAGGGGCCCGACUGCUGUCACACUUCACUACCCUGAACUCUCUUCUCUGUUUGUCAGCGAUAUCAAAGGCUGCUGAAUUGGCAACGGCUUUUGCAGAAAACAAGACUGUCUGAGGUUACUGAUGUGUCAGCACUGGCCUGACUGAAGACUCCCUCUGCCCCCGGGAUCCCGAGUUACUUCCAACACUCCCUUGCUGGUUAGCUUUGAAUUUGUGCACAUUUUUGUUGCCAAAUGAAGGUAAUGUCUAGUUUUAUUUAUAUAUAUAUAUAAAAAAAAAAAGAAUAUUGUAUGUGGUUACAUUGAAAAUGUAAGACAGUUUAUUAAAAAAAAAAAAUCUCAAAAGUGUUAUGUACUGUUGUAAAUGUUUAUAAUUAAUCAAGCAAGGGAAACUAUGGAAGUUCUUUGGCUGGGGUUUCUGUACUCUUAUCGAUGUGAAAGGGUGUACGAGGUUCAAUCAGUAGUAGAGAUGUGUACCCGCUCUCAAAGCCUACUACCAACACAGCAUGCUUUUUUAAAGAAAAAAGCAAAUUAAAAAUCCCUAGGACUAAAAAAUACAACGUAAACCUACUGUGUUCUGUACUGUAAACCUACGAGAGAAACCUUAUUAAAAAUUUUAAUACAUUUUA